CAAUUAUCGUACCAAACCAAACCUCACUCUACAAGUGUUGCCAAAACAAUUAAACACGAGCAAACAAAAGAUAUUGCAUACAAUUUAGAUCGAAUCACAAAAACAUGGAACAAGUUGGGCUCUGCCCAGAAUUGCAAAGUAUCAUCGACCGAUUUGUUAAUUUUCGAAUUGAAUACACAACCUUGAAAGCGCAUCAUCGAGCUCAAGAGGAAUUAAUUAAACUGCAAAAAACUGAAGUCGACCAAAUGAACGUGCAAGUUGCAAAAUUGAGUACCACUUUCAUCGAGUGGCAAAAAUCCUGUAACAUCAAAUUACGAAAUCUCGAAACUGAAAAUCAAAGACUCCAAAAAAUCAUCGAUAAUCUCAAGGACCAAGAUGGAGGAGCACUUGCUCAUCAAGCGCGUCGUCAAAACGAAACGAAAAUCAGUAGUCUGGAAGAACAAUUGAAAAAAUUGCAAUCGCAAAUUGACGAAGAAAAUAAGCAGCAUCGAGAAGAAAUUGAAACGAUUAAUAAAAAUCACGAAGAAGAAAUUUCCAUGUAUAAGAAAAAGUUGGACCACUGCUAUUCGAUUGAACAACGUCAAAACAAAGAAAUUUCAUUGUACAAAAAAAAGGAAAUCGAAGAGAAAAAAGAAUUACAGAGCAUACGGUCCCAGAUAAAUAAUGAAACCACGCAUCCUGCCCUCGAAAGCAACGCCAAGGAUAACCAAAAGAGAAAAAAACUAGGCUCUUUCAAAUGGCCUCAACUUGAUAUCGACCUCAGAAAAGACAUUGCGAAUAAUCAACAGUCAGCUUCACGUUCGAAAAAGAAAAAAUUGUACAAUGUCGACAGCGAAACGAUCGUCGAUCUUACAUCCUAA